AUGUCUACCGCCGAGCUCGCCUGCUCUUACGCCGCCCUCAUCCUCGCCGAUGACGGCGUUGAGGUCACCGCCGACAAGCUCCAGACCCUCCUGGGUGCCGCCAAGGUGCAGGAGGUUGAGCCCAUCUGGACCUCGAUCUUCGCCAAGGCUCUCGAGGGCAAGGACAUCAAGGAGCUCCUGACCAACGUCGGCUCCGGUGGCCCUGCCGCCCCCGCCGCCGCUGGCGGUGCUGCCGACGCCCCCGCCGAGGCCGCCAAGGAGGAGAAGAAGGAGGAGGAGAAGGAGGAGUCCGACGAGGACAUGGGCUUCGGUCUGUUCGACUAA